AUGGAGGCCGGGGCGGCGGUGUGGGUGCGGGACAAGCAGGAGGCCUGGGUUGCAGGCACGGUGCUCGAGAGGAGCGCGGCCGGCAAGCCUUGCACCGUCAAGAUCGAGGUGGAGGAAGACGUCUCGGAGGAACCUCUCACGUUCACGAUAAGCGAAGACGAUGGUUGCGAGCUGGAGGACCUUAAGCUGGCGAACGAGGAGGACAUGGACCACGUGGAAGACCUCAUCGCACUGCCGCACCUGCACGAGGCGGCCAUCCUGCACUCCCUGUGCAGGCGUUUCGACAGGGGGGACAUCUACACCUUCACGGCAAACGCCAUCCUGCUCGCGGUAAACCCUUUCAAGAGGCUCCCUAUCUACGGCAAGGAUCUCUUGACGCAGUACUUCGACGUGGGGUGCAUGCGGGAACAGGGGAUAGAGCCCCCGCAGGCGCUUGGGCCGCACGUUUUUGCGAUCGCGGACUCUGCCUACCGUGACAUGAUGAAGGGUAUUCACGCGGGAAAGUCGGCGGGCAUGGGGCCGGUGAACCAGUCCAUCCUCAUCUCCGGAGAAAGUGGUGCCGGAAAAACGGAGAGCACCAAGUUCGUCAUGAGGUACUUGACAACGGUGGGCAACGGAGAGGGCGGGGUGGAGCUGGAGAAGGGUUCGAUCAUGGACAGGGUUCUGCAGAGCAAUCCCAUCCUAGAGGCGUUCGGAAACGCCCGGACCAUCCGUAACGACAACUCGAGCCGCUUCGGGAAGUUCAUCGAGCUCAUGUUCGACAAGCGGGGCAACCUGCUGGGCGCGGGCAUCGAGACCUACCUCCUCGAAAAGGUGCGCAUCCCUUCUCAGGCCCACGACGAGAGAAAUUUCCACAUCUUCUACCAGAUGUGCAAGGGGGGCGACGACGAGGAGCGAGAGCGAUGGGAGCUGCAAGGUCCGGAGGAGUAUCACUUCGUGAACCAGGGCGACUGCUACGACCUCCGACAAGUGGAGGACGAGGACGAGUUCGUGCAGACGAAGGCCGCUCUUACGACGAUGGGUUUCGAGGCUAGCUCGAUCCAGACUAUCUUCGACAUCAUGGCGGGACUUAUCCACCUCGGAGAGCUCGAGUUCGAGGCUAGCGAGGAGGACGAUGCAGCGGUGCUGUUUCACGAGGAGGAUAACGAGGAUUGCCUGGCUCGGGUUUGCCGGCUGUGCUACCUGCCGGAGGACGGUCUGCUGCGUGCCCUAACGUCCAAGACCAUCGAGGUCGGUCCUAGAAAGGAGAAGACCACCAUCAAGCUCACCGACCAUCAAGCGUACGACGCUCGAGACGCCCUGGCGAAGGCCUUCUACGGGCAGCUGUUCAACUGGCUGGUGGCCACCAUCAACUCGCACAUCAACUGCGACCGCAAGGAGGUGAAGGCUUCCGUGGGGGUGCUGGACAUCUUCGGGUUCGAGUGCUUCGAGCACAACAGCUUCGAGCAGCUGUGCAUCAACUACACGAACGAGACUCUGCAGCAGCAGUUCAACCAGUUCGUGUUCAAGAUGGAGCAGAAGGAGUACAGCAAGGAGGGGAUCGAGUGGUCCUUUGUGGAGUUUCCAGACAACCAGGACUGCCUGGACCUGAUCGAGGGGAAGAAGAAGGGUCUGCUGACCAUGCUCGAUGACGAGUGUCGGUUGGGCAUCCGCGGCACCGACGCUAACUACUUCAGCCGGCUGUACCGGGAGCACGGGGAGGCGGAGAGGUUCGAGGCGGACAGCGCCAUGCGGACCAAGCUGUGCUUCGCCAUCAAGCACUACGCGGGCCAGGUGCGGUAUAAUGUCCACACGUUCUGCGACAAGAACAAAGACGAGCUUCCCAACGAGUCCGACGUGCUGUUCGCCAGCAGCACCAACGAAUUCGUCGUCAACCUUUUCUCACCCACGGGAGGCAAGAAGGCGAGGAGCAAGGGGAAGAGACCCAUCUCACCCGGUCAGUCCAGCACCAGCACCAACACCAGCAAGAAAGACUCGCCCGGAUUCGCGGGCCUCAAGCCCACCGUGGGGACACAGUUUCGGGGGCAGCUACACGACCUCAUGGACAUGAUCAGGGACACACGUCCGCACUACAUCCGGUGCAUCAAGCCUAACGACAACGCCGAGCCCGACGAGGUGUCGAGGGUGCGAGUGAUGGAGCAGCUACGGUACGGAGGCGUGUUGGAGGCCGUUCGAGUCGCCCGAUCUGGAUACCCCGUCCGGCUCCCCCACAAGGACUUCUACGUCCGCUACCGUUGCUUGAUUUCCUUGAACAAGAAGGUGAAGAAGUCGAGGUAUCCGCUGAGGCUCAAGGGGGGCACCGCGAUGGCGCAGAAGAUGUGUAAGGACCUUGUCAAGCACGUGCUGUCGCCGGCAAUGGUUAGCAUGAAGAACAUCCCGGCGGACACGAUGCAGUUCGGAAAGAACAAGGUAUUCCUUCGAAAAAACGCCUACGACUUUUUGGAGAUGAUCCGCUCCCGGCGCAUCACGUCGGCCGCGGUUACGCUUCAGAGAGUGGCCAGGGGUUUCGUCAGCAGGCGGGCGUUCUCCUCUGCGAUACGGGCCGUACGGUUCAUCCAGAGGGUGUCGAGGGGCACGAUCGCGCGACGGCGAGUAGAGCACAUGCGCCGGAUGCGGGCGGCGCUUCGUACGCAGACGGCCUACCGGCGUCACUUUGCGAGGAAGAACUUCCUGUCCAUCAAGGGAGCGGCCCUCGCCCUGCAGUGCGCAACGCGAUGGCGCAAGGCCGCCAAGGUCCACACCGAGCUUAGACGCCAGCACCGGUCCACUAAAAUCCAGAGCUGGUACCGCAUGCUCGCCCCGUGGCGCGCCCACCGUAAGCUGCGGUCUGCGACGCUGGCGCUGCAGUGCCGGAUGCGGCAGAAGAUAGCCUACGGGGAGCUGAGGGACCUCCGCAUAAAGGCGAAGGAUGUGGGCAACCUCAAGGGGGACAACGACCGCCUAAAGGCAGAGAUCCUGGCGCUCAGGCAGGCCGCCGCCGCCUCUAAGGCUGCUGCUCCUGCGAGCGAUGAGCAAGUGUCAUCGUCGUCUUCCGGGAAAGAGGUGAAAGAGGUGGACAGCUUGAGGAGAGAGGUGGUGACACUGAGGGCCAGGGUAGCAGAGCUCGAACUUCAGUUGGCGGAAGGAGCGGUCGCAAAGAGCAGAGUGCCAGUGAACGCGGCGUUGCCGCCGCCGCCGCCGCCGCAGCAGCAGCUGCCGUUGCGAACUGCGAAGUCAUAUCCGGUGGCACGGGCGGCAGGGAGCGCAUUGUCUAGAGUAGACGAGACCGAGAGCCUCCCCCGCCGACAGCGAGCGCGGUUCUCCUCAGCCUCAGCGGUAGACAACGGCAACGACAAGAGCGACGGCACUACCAGCAGGCACCAGUCGGGAGUGACCCUCUCCUUCCUGUGCGAGAUGGGUGUGGCGAUCAGAGACCACACGAGCAUGUUCCGACACUUUUAGCCGCCGCCGCCGC